AUGGAUGUGGUGGGAACUGCUGUAGUGGAUGCUGCAAUCGGAUGGCUGGUGCAAAGCGUCCUUGGCAGUUUCUUCACUGGAAUGAUGAAAGCAUGGGCCCUUCUGAAGAAUCUUGAAAACAAAAGAUUCCUUCUGAAGAACCUUGAAAACAAAAGAUUCCUGCUUGUAUUUGAUGACAUGUGGGAGGAAAAGGACAGGAGAGGAUGGUUUAGCAUUUUAGCUCCACUAAAACACAAUCAUGUACCUGGUUGCAUGAUUUUAGCAACAACCCGAAGACCAUCAGUUGCAAAAAUGAUAGGAACGAUGGAUCCGAUAUCAGUUAAAGGUCUGGAUGAAAAAGAAUUUUGGCUUUUCUUCAAGGCAUGUGCAUUUGGUAAUGACAGCCAUGAGGGUCAUCCUAGUCUGCAGUCCAUUGGGCAGCAGAUUGUUAUAGCACUAAUGGGUUGUCCACUAGCUGCAUGGAGUGUCGGUGCACUUUUGAACAGAAAUGUUACCUACGAGCACUGGAGGACAGUUCAAAACAAAUGGAAAUCUCUUCAAGAAGAUACUGAUGAUGUUUUACCUAUCUUGAAGCUCAGUUAUGAUUUUUUACCGGUGCACAUGAAUUUGAUUGCAGCCCCAUCUGCUGCUACUUAUGUUUGUUUCUGUUGUGCCAUUAUUUAA